AGUCUAAUUCUUACAUUGGUAUUGGAUGUAGUUUCGCGCGCGUUCACUUGCAUAUGUGACAACAAAAACAAUCGUUGUGUUUUUUUCUUUGAAUUAUAAAUGAAGAUAAAAGGAAGAUCUGAGAAGGAAAAUAAAUCUAUGAAACUGAUUUAUUUCAAGACAUAUUUCCAGAUCUCCUAAUGAAAAAUGAAGUUAUCUUAGUUCCCGAAUCGAUAAAAUGUCUCUGGUGAAUUACUCGACGCCGUUCCAAGUUACCCCCAAUCCCCCCGCGACAAACUAUUAUCAAUCUUUCCAACAGUAUCAACAACCCCCGCAAGGUUACUCGUAUCCCCAACCGCAGAAACCCUUUUUGGAGGAAGAGUUUCCUACAAAUCCUUUUCGUCAGUCGACGCGUCCUAAAGGCGCGUCAAAUCAAAUCCCCCAGGUACCCAAUAAUCCACUACCCAAUCGACCGCCUACGUAUACAAAAGUGGGGGAUUUUAAUACGAAAACCAGCAUACAUCCUAUUAUUGAUUACGAUUAUGUGGAAGAAGAACCCAUACAUGUACCAGUUACGCCUAUUCAGGGACCGAUUUUUAUUAAAAAUGGAAGGGUUCCCGUGGUGCCGUUGUAUUCACAUCCGGUUUUACACAAUGGUACUUUCGUCCAAAUUCCUAUUUUAUGGACAGCUUUAUCAGUAGUUUUAGGUCUAGAAUUAAGGGGUGAAUACAUCCGAGGAGUUCCUUGUAUUAAACGUAAUCAACAAUUGUACUGUCCUACAGCAGGAAAUUCAUAUCCUCUAGAUCGUAUAGAAUUAUUUAUAGACGAAAAUAAAGCUUUAAUGAAGCGCAUGUAUGGUGAAUUCGACAUGCCGGAUUACGAGGGCAAAUCCAAUCCGGGUUACAAAAAAAAACGAUCGACCAAAUCUGGCGAAUCAGAUUUUCAUUUAGAUCCAGGACCCGAUCCCGUCAAAGAAGACGAAAACCUCUCAAGCAAAAGUCGAACACCAAGACAAAACUUUAGAAAUAAUCAAAGUUCGGAAAGUGGAAGGAUAGAUUCCUGUGAGAGUAAAAUCGAAAUAGUGACGCCGUAUUGGGCGUCAAAUUCCGCCGGUAAAAUCCGCGCUAUUGUGAAUACUCAACAUUUCGAACAAGCCAUUCAUCAAGAAGUUUGCGCGAGAAGCACUACGAAAAGAUGUUCGAACGACUGUGGCUGUGAACAGAAAUACAAAUGGCACAGAUUACUAGCUUACGAUCCGGAUAAUGAUUGUAAAGGGAUUUUUAUGGAUUGGUUUUUGUUUCCGUCCUGUUGCGUUUGUAGAUGUACCCCGUAAACUCCAAAAUAUUGAAAAAAUUCCAUUAGAAAAAUGAUUAUUUUGCAAUUGAUCUACAAAUCUUUAUUUUUUGGGGUUUAAUUACUAAAUAACAGAUUAAAAUCCACGAAUUACUUGUAUAUAUGAACAUUAUGGGUCUUUUUCCAUUGAACUUUCUUUAUUUCUUAAACAAUGAAAAAUUAACUAAUCGGUGUAAAAAAUUCUGAUCAACACUGCUUGUUCCAACUGUUUUGCUUGAAUUUAGUACUCAAAUAGUUUUCGAUAAACUAUUAUGAGUUUAUUUUUCAGUUUAUUAUAAUAAAUCAUUGACUACUUUAAAUUGUUUUUUAAUAUAUAUUUUUGAAUAAACUUUUACAUGGAUCUCAGUAUUUUCAUUUCAAGUAAUACAAAAGUUAACAAAAAACACUAAAAAUAUGAAAAAAAGCUUAUUAAACAACUGUUUUACUCAAUUUUCGUAAUCUUAUUCUCUUCAAAUUAUCUAAAGUUUUAACUUCCUUUUAUAUAGGAAUGACUGUGUUCCACCUACAUUUUCCUAUUCUUCAACUUCUUUAUAAUUUUUAACUUUACAUCAUAAUAAUAUCGAAACAGAAGUUCAUACUCAUCGAUAUAUAAGAUGUUUGAAAAUAUAUAAACUUACCUUAAAUUUGUUAUAAAAAAGAACCAGAAAGUUUUUAAAAAAACACUAAACAUACAAUAAAAACUUAAAAGUUUUUGUAAAUACAAAAAUCACGGGUGAAAAAUAAAAGAAAAACCACCAAAAUCGAACUGAAAUUGUGAACAAAACGUUAGGAAGAAGCAGCGCUGUUCAAAACAUAACCUCAGAAAGCAAAACAUUUUUCUAUGUAAGUACCCGAUGGUUAGUUGGUGUAGUUCUCCCUAAUACACUUUAUUAUGUCAGUAUUUAAAGAGCGUACUUCAAGGCAACUUACAUUAAUUAAAUAAUUUAAAUAAAUAUGCUGUUGAAUGAUAAAAAGAUGUUUUGAAUUGAUAAAACUACAUUUUUACUAACUGAAAUAUAGGCAGCACACAUUACUCUAAAAAACGUUAAAGUCAAAUUUUGACAUCUUGAAACAUUUUUUUAAUUAAAACAAUCAAAUAUCCUGUGAAAGAAGGCAUUAAAUGUAGUGUUUUGAAAUUAAUAUGAAAAAUUAAGAAUGCUUCAUCAGCGUUAAUAAAUAUGAAUUUCGCAUUUAUAGUUUAUGUUCGUGGCAUUUCUUAGUGUACUAAUCGAAUUUUAUUUUUGAAAGUUUUUGAUGAAAAAAUAAAUUUUCAACGACCCUUUUUCAUUUCUUGUGAUAAAUUUUGAUUAUGAAAUAUGAGGAUGAACGAUUUUAUUGUUUUUAACAACACAAAAUUGUUAUCUUGAAUUUAAAUGAACGUACGAAUCUAAAAGUCUAUAAACUGUGCAAAAAUAGUAAAAAACAUAUCAAUUGACUAUUUUCUUAGACUUUUCAUAAUUUUAUACUAUAUAUACUAUACUAUAAAGUUACCUAAAGUUUCUAACUUCUUUUUAGUUUGAAAUAAUUGCUUUUCGAAUGUUUUUUGCUUAUUUUCAACUUUCUGUUUGUUUUUUUUUCUGAAAAUUAUCCUUAUUUUUAUUGUAAACACGUAUAUAAUGAAAAGCCAGCAUUAGUACGGUUCUGUUACAAACUUAAUUAUCAAAAAAAUAUAGAAAAAUAAAUAAAGCAGAAACUGAAAUUAUAAAAACUAUCAAAUAAAAAACUUACAAUCUAAAAUUUUUAAGUAAAAAUUUAAUAUAAAAUAUACAUAUAAAUAUGGCGUAUAACUUUUAUAAUGUUUUAGACGGACGGUUCAUUAGACGGUGUUAAUUUAUUAAUUUUUACUAUACUGGUUGUCUCAUUGUACGAGGUUUAUACUAGUUGUCGCAAAUAUAAAACCACCUAAAGUUGCCUUUUGCUUCCAUUUUUUUUAACUAGACAUAAUAAAGAUGUUCAUUUCCUUGUUAUGUGUCCUCGUUGUUUAAAAAAAAUAUACUGAUUUAGGUUAGUUGUGACUUUUUAUAUUACGAAUUUGUAAGUCUGUGUGACUGAUGAGUUUUAGUAAUAACAUUAAAGUAUACACUUCGCACUUUUUUUAUUUUUUUAAACUCACUACUACGCACUUGUAAGAUUAUUUUGAAAUAUUUUAAGACAUUUUUGGUAAUAUUUUCAUAGAAAUCAUCUCGGCUAUUCUAAUUGAUAUUGUUUGAACAAAAAAUUGUAGAUUAAGAAUUUAGAGUAUUAUAGCAUAAGAAAAAGCCAUAUUCUUGUACCAAUAAGUAAGCUACCGAUAAAAAAUAACUCAUAGUUACCAAAUUUGUGAAAAAACUUGUCUAUUUUUAUCAAUAUGUCAUAUGUCUAUCUAAAAUAGUUAUAUAUUUUUAUCUAGAGAUAUUUUAUAAAGUUGCUGCCAUUGUUUAAUUAUAUUUACUUGUAAUAAAUUAUUUUUAA